AUGUCCAUCUCAACCACACCAUCACUCUCAUCCGGUUCAUCCAAUCCUUCCACUCACAUCGCUACGCCCGUCCCAUCAGAGAGGAUAUGUACCGAUCGACAUGCUCUCUACUGCUUCGAAGUGUUGGUAGCUCAUUUUGAGAAUAGAGAACCUACGGCCCCACCUUUCCUGAACAAGAACGAGAAGUACGCCCUGUUCGUUACCUGGAAUACCACCUCGCACUUACGGUCAAAUAAUAAACCUGCCUUGAGAGGUUGUAUAGGUAAUUUCACCCCUAUGAAGUUGGCCGAUGGGCUGAGAGAAUAUGCUCUGGUCAGUGCCCUCGAGGACCAUCGAUUUUCACCCAUCAAAGCUAGUGAACUGCCUCAUCUGUCGUGCAAUGUCUCUCUUCUCACCCCCAUGACACCCAUAUCUUCACCCUUAGAUUGGACACCGGGCGAGCACGGUAUACACAUUUCAUUCCCUCAUCCUUCAACCCACCGCCCGCUCUCUGCUACAUACCUACCCGAAAUUUGUACCGAUCAAGGGUGGACCAGGGAAGAGACAGUGUUAUCUGCGAUCCAAAAGGCAGGAUACAAACACAAGGUUGUAGUGGGCGAUGUGGUUUGGCAGAGUCUCAAGGUGAAGAUAUACGGAAGUGAGAAAGCUACGACGACCUGGGAAGCUUAUGUCAAGUGGUACAAGGGGAAAGGUGGGAAAUUGAAGGUUGUCAAGAGCUAG